AUGGCAGACGAGCUGCGCGUCACCGUAAACUACCACACGCAGGAGCCAAUCGCCAUGGACCCGGCACCCCGCCCACUCCUGUCGCCCUCCGCGUCGCCGCUGUACCGCGAGCCGUACAAGGUCGCUGCCGUCUACGCGGCCUUCAUCCUCUUUGGUCUUGGCUCUUGGAUCAUGUCCAACUGCGUCUUUGUCGAAAUUGCAGCUUUGUACCAACGCACACCAGAGAAAGCUGCUAUCAGCGCGUACUUGAUUGUCGCGAUCCAAGCCUCCAACAUCUUUCCCGCGCUCUACAUGGUCUUCAACAACGACCAACAGCUCUUCUCUAUCCGCACCGCAAUCUGGGGCCUGCUCUCGAUGGGCAUUGUCGUCUGCGUGCUCUUGUCCACUUUCUGGGACCAAACGUCCGUCUUUUUUGGCCACGAACACAGUACAGCGCUACUGGUCCUCGUCUUCUUUGGCGGCAUGGUGAGCUCCACGACGAGCGUCGUCUACUAUCCGUUCGUUGCUACGUUUCCUCCUCUCUUCACGAGUGCUUUGUCGACGGGCGAAGGUCUUAGUGGUGUCAUUGCUGGCGUUCUCGGCAUCAUCCAGGAUCCUGGUGCGACGCACAUGCAUAUCACCGUCGGCGGCUUCUUUUUCUAUGGCGCUGUCGUCUUCCUCGUCGCGCUUCUCGCCUUUGCGUUCCUCGUCAAGUCGUCCUGGGCGACCCAGAUUCAAGCCUCUAUGUACCGCGAGGACGGUGGCGACUUUGAUUACACGUUUACUCCGCCCCUCAAGCGCACUCUGUCGCCGGCAAUGAAGAUGAACGAGACGCUGCCACUCGUGCUGCCGCAGUCCAAGCACCAGUUCUCCACCGCCGUCGAGCGCCGCAACUACGUCGUCUCCAAGCUCUGGAAACCGCUGCUGUGCCAAGUGGUUCUUUGCGCCAUGAGCUUUGGUGUCAUCCCGUCAAUCCUGCCUUUCCUCGGCAGCAAGUACUCGGUACGCAGCACUCACUGGGCACACACAAGGCUUACGUACGGAGAAUAG